GUGAAGUUUUGGACGCCAAAAGGCUGUAAGCUACGCACAUAUCCAGAAUGGACAGACUUGAAGGAUAUUACUUCUCCGCUCUUCUCAGUGGUUGCUUCCUACUGUCCAGUUUACUGUUCUCCAAGAUCACGCGGGAGCAGAGGGAUCCUUACAUGGAUGAGAUCUUCCACAUCCCCCAGGCCCAACUUUACUGUCAGGGCCACUUUAAUCAGUGGGAUCCAAUGAUCACAACGCUCCCUGGCUUGUACCUGGCAUCUGUGGGGAUAGUGAAACCAGUGUCCUGGCUUUUUGGAUGGAGUGACAGUGUAGUAUGCUCUCCUGGGAUGCUGAGAUUCAUUAACCUUCUCUUUAGCCUUGGCAAUCUUUAUAUCCUUUAUCUACUUAUUUGUAGGCUACACAAUAAAAACAAGGUUUCAAGCUCAAAAAGAAUCCUGUCUACCCUCACAUUAUAUUUGUUUCCUACCCUUUAUUUUUUUACGUUCCUCUAUUAUUCGGACACCGGCUCGACCUUUUUUGUCCUUUUUACUUAUUUAAUGUCUCUUUAUGGAAACCAUAAAAGCGCCGCUCUUUUGGGCCUUUGCGCUUUCUUUUUUCGACAAACAAACAUCAUAUGGAUUAUUUUCUGCGCUGGAAACAUCAUUGCGGAAAAGUUAACCGAAGCGUGGAAUUCUCACCUGAAGAAGAGGGAUGUUAAACCUUUACCAAAAGGAUCGUUUUCAGAAACAUGGGCUGCCCUAAAGUUUCUUGUUUGUUACGCCAUGUCUAUUAAGAAUAUAAUAUCCCUUUUUAUGUUAACUUGGCCUUACGUUGUUUUAGUUAUUGGCUUUCUCGUCUUUAUUGCAAUCAAUAACGGAAUAGUAGUAGGAGACAGAUCAAGCCAUGAAGCUUGUUUAAAUUUCCCCCAGCUAUUUUAUUUCUUUGGAUUUACUUGUUUAUUUUCCUUUUCUCAACUUCUUUCACCACAGAAAGUAGCAGAUUUCUUUAAAUCUUUAUGGAGACGUCCCCUGCUUUAUAUAGUGUUAACUGCCCUGUUUUUAUUUUUAAUCUGGAAAUUCACCUUCGUACACAAGUAUCUACUUGCAGAUAAUCGACACUACACAUUCUACGUCUGGAAGAAUAUUUAUCAGCGCCACGAGUUGAUAAAAUACUUGCUGGUGCCAGUGUAUGUUUUUGUUGCUUGGACUAUUACAGAUGCGCUAAAAUUAAAAUCUAUUUUUUGGCUGUUUAUGUUUCUUGUUUGUUUACUGGCUGCCACGGUUCCUCAGAAAUUACUGGAGUUUCGCUACUUUAUCCUGCCCUACCUUCUUUUCAAGCUCAACAUACCAAUUCCUUCCAUUAACAAGCUUCUACUGGAGCUGGCGCUAUAUGUUUUUGUAAACAUAUUAACAUUUUAUCUGUUUUUGAAUAAAACCUUUCAUUGGCCGGACAGUGAAGAAACGCAGCGGUUUAUGUGGUAAACAAACAGGAAGGACAUAUGGAUACCCUUUUAUUUAGGAUGAGCAAAUUCAUUUUUAAAUAUUGUGUAUAUAUUUUUGUUGGAAGUAAAAAUGUAUUUGGCUUUCGAUACUGAUUUAUACUUUACACAUUCCAAAGGGAAAUGAGGUUUUUUUUUUUUUUAGAGCAGGUUUAUAUUGCCAAAUCAUAAUCAAUUAUAUAAUUUAAAGGGACAUGAAACCCAUUUUUUAUAUUUCAUGAUUUAGAUAGAGCAUGCAGUUUUAAAUAACUUUGCAAUUUACUUCUAUUAUCUAAAAUGUUUAGUUCUCUUAGUAUUCCUUGUUGAAAAGUAUACCUAGGUAGACUCAGAAGCUGCUGAUUGGUGGCUGCACAUAUAUCCAUCUUGCCAUUGACCUUCAGAUUACUCCCAGUAUUGCAUUGCUGCUCCUUCUACAAAGGAUACUAAGAUAAUGAAGAAAAUGAAAAAAUAUGUCAAUUGGAAAGUUGUAUUAAAAUUGUAUGAUCUGAUUGGAUGAUUUGAAUAAUGAAAUACAUGUUUUGGGUUUCAUUUCCAUUUAACAUGCUAUAUUAUGGAAAUACUUUCUUUAAUAAUUGUACAGAUUUUGCAGUUUGUGAGAAAAAAACACUAAGUUCAAAGCAUGUUAUAAAAUGAUGAUUUUUACUGGUUAAAGAACAAGUUCAGCACUGUAAAAUUCUAAAGCAUUAUAGCACAGAUACCCUCAAUGCAAUGUGUUUAACCCUCACAAAGAGUGAUUAAGGUCUGCAAGUGCUGCUAUUAAAAACAUCCUUACAAGAAAGAAAAAAUACUAUCAGUUUCAAACACUGCACAGAUCAAGUAGGAAUUUUAGACAGUUAAAAGGACAGUCAACGCUAAAAUUGUUAUUGUUUAAAAAAGAUAGAUAAUGCCUUUACUACCCAUCUCCAGCUUUGCACAACCAACAUUGUUAUAUUAAUAUACUUUAUAACAAUGAAACCUCUAAAUGUCUGCCUGUUUCUAAGCCAUUAAAUAAAGCCUCAUAUCACAUGAUUUCUAUUUGCUUUUCACAACAGGGGAGUGCUAGUUCAUGUGAGCCAUAUAGAUAACAUUGUAAUCAUGCCCGUGUUUUGUGGCAGACACUGCACUUAUUGGCUAAAAUGCACGUCAAUAGAUAAUAACUAAAAGUCAUGUGAUCAGGGGCUGUCAGAAGAUGCUUAGAUACAAGAUAAUCAGAGGUAAAAAGUAUAUUAAAGGGACAUAAUACUCAUAUGCUAAAUCACUUGAAACUGAUGCAGUAUAACUGUAAAAAGCUGACUGGAAAAUAUCACCUGAGCAUCUCUAUGUAAAAAAGGAAGAUAUUUUACCUCACAAUUUCCUCAGCUCAGCAGAGUAAGCUCUGUGUAAAAAGUUAUAAUUCAGCUGCUCCCAGCUGCAGGUAAAAACAAAAAAAAAAUUAAGAAAUUAACAGCAGCCAAUCAGCAUCAACAGUGCUGAGGUCAUGAACUCUUUUACUGUGAUCUCAUGAGAUUUCACUUAACUCUCAUGAGAUUUCAUAGUAAGCUGAAUAAGGAAAUAAUAUGAGAGUUCACGAGGCUCAUCCCCUAAGCUGUCCCAGGACAGACAUACUAAUAUACUGCUUAGAAAUCCUUUACAAUGGGUUGUGGCUACUGAGGAACUUUUGAGGUAAAAUAUUUUACAUAGAGAUAUUCAGGAGAUAUUUUCUAGUUGGCUUUUGACAACUAUACUGCAUCACUUUCAAGUGUUUAAACAUUUGGGUAUUAUGGCCCUUUAAUAUAACUGUUGGUUGUGCAAAACUGGAAAAUGGGUAAUAAAGGGAUUAGCUAUCUUUUUAAACAAUAAAACAUCUGGUGUAGACUGUCCCUUUAAUGCCAAGCUUUUCUGUUCUUAAACAGCAGUGUGGGGUUCUGUAAAAAAGUAGUGCAGCUUGGUGAUUCAAGCACUUCUAUGCAAUAUACACUUUGUAUAUCAGUCAUAAUAAUUUUAACUUUGUAACAAAUUUGACAAAGAGAAUAGACACACACAGCUCAAUUUAUCAAUCCAUGGCGGACAGGGGGAGCGUUCAUAUUUGCCCCUGUCCACCCGAGCUCUCCUCUGUGGGCAGCAAUCCGCUGCAUGAAUUUAACAUUGCACACAAGCAUGGUAAAUCUUGACCACAGGUUCUCUUGUGCGAACGUGCAGUUGAAGGGAGGAAAAAGGCUUGAUAAACUGAGCCCACAGUGUAAGCAUCCGACUGUAUUGAUCAAGCAUGUUUAAAAGUGGGUACAGCCUCCCUUGUAUAAAUAUGUGAUGGGUGUUGGUAAUAAAGAGUUUUCCAGUUGAUACAUUUAUUACAGAAAUAAAUAUGGGUUGCGAUUGCUGAUUGGUGGCUAAAUGUAGCCACCAAUCAGCAAGCGCUAUCCAGGGUGCUGAUCCAAAAAUGGACAGGCUUCUUAGCUUAGAUUCCUGCUUUUUCAAAUAAAGAAGCAAGAGAACGAAUAAAGAUUUAUAAUAGGAGAAAAUGAUAAAGUUGCUUAAAAUUUGCAUGCUCUAUCUGAAUCAUAAAAAAACCCAUUUGGGUUUAGUAUCCCUUUAAGGUCAGUCCAGCGCUGAAAGGAAGGGGCUUAGGUCCUGAAAUUUAUUGGUUUUAGUUCCAAGGAUUAAAUAUUAAAUUAAAUGUUUAUUGCUUUUGUAUGAAAUUCUGAGCUGUAAAGAUUUUUUUCUAUUAAAGUGACAGUGCACUGUUUUUUUUUCUUUCUUUUUUUAAUGUGUUCCCAAUGAUCAAUUUUAUUUGUUGAAGUGUAUUAAAUUGUUUACAGAUAACCCCUUUCCCUUUUAUUUUAUCAUUUGAAAUCACUGCUUUGCCUGUUGUAUCCCACCUACACUGUAAAUGUAGUACUGGUUAUAGAAAAGCUCUGUAAACAAGAACAUUUAGGAAAAAAUCAUGCUUCCAUUGGGAGUUUGACAGAGAGAGAACAAUGGAAAAUCAACAUUUUAGUAUCUAAGUGUUGGUCUCACUGUGUAUAGAGAGAUACGAUAGAGGAUUUUUUGUAAAUAUAUAGAAAUAAGCUAAUUAGGUCUCUGCUCCCUGCAAGCUCAGCCCAUUUGAUCGCGUUCUGAUUUUAUUAAACAGUAACAGCUAUUUAAGUUACAAAAAUAAAGCUAAAGGAUCAAUUUUAUGUACAUUUUAUACUCUGCAGCUGGUAUAACAAGUCUUUGCAAACACAUUAAAAUUAAACCAAUUUGACAGUACACUGUCCCUUUAAUCACUUGCUGUUUAAGUGAAUUGUGCAAUGAAAUGUAUAUUUUCCUGUUAUUUGCUUUGUUAAUUAUGAUUUGUUUGUGACAAUGUUAUGUAAAAGUUUACAAAAAAGAAAAAAAAAACUAUAGGAUUCCUUGAAAAAUUACAAACCAAGAUAUACAAUUAAUGAAAUGUGCUACUGUUUUCAGUAUUUGCAAAGAAAGGAAGUUAAAGUAUUGUGUAAAAAUGUAUUGCAGAACAUUGUUGUUAAAUGAUUUUGUCACCGUAUUACAAUUAGAUUUUGUAAUGUGAAAACGUUCUUUUUGUACUUCUAUUUCUGUUGACAUAUAAAAGCGAAAAUAAAUUUAUAAAAAUAUAUAUAUAUAUUUGCUUACUGUUAAUAUUAAGUUUUAACACAAUUGUUGUUUUUUAAAGUAAUCAAGGAAAAUGUGUACAGUUUAUAAAAAAGCAAAUAAAUCAGUUUUUUGUUGAAA